GUGCCAAAUCACAUCUACCUUCUUCUCCUCCUACACAUAAGAGCGACCGCCCUCUUAGCGAGUUCUUCUCACUUGCACUUCUCUCUCACAAUCUUUUCAUCCUUUCUCCAUUUCGAAAGUGUACUGUUGCUUUAUCACCGUGUUGCAUCACUACCUUCUUCACUCUAACUUAUACACUUUCUUUCUUCGACUAUUACUCGCUUACCGCACUCUUUUUCAGUUUGACUCUCCCCCACAGAAACUCAGCUACAUACUAAUUAUUGAAUCAUUAACAUUCUUUAGCCUGACUGCCGCCAGCUUCCGUUUUGCCACACUUUCCUGUUCUUACUUUCUUUCAUUCCGGGUUGUCCAUUCCACCGAAGCUUCUCACAGACAGACAUAUAGGCACCUUAAGAAAGUUUUCGGAAACAUUGUAAAUUUCAUCUAACUAUGGCUGUAGCAGCGGCAACUAUAGCUUCAGCCGGAGCUUUCAAGAAUCCCAAACUGAAAGCAAUUAACGAUGUUGACACCGACAAACACGGCAGGUUUAAAUACAUAUUGAUCAAAGUGCAUGAUCCCGAGAAAGACCGCGAAUUUAAGCAUAUCAUCCGAGGAUACAGUCGUCAUGAAUAUCACUCUGAUAUAUACGAUGAUAUAUGUCCCAAAAUUGAGAAGAACAACUUGGACUGUGAGUGUGUUGGUGGAGGAAGAAUCCAGAUUGAAAACUCCAAAAAGCAUAUACAGAUAUUUGGUUAUUCUAAGGGUUAUGGUCAAGCUGACCAUUCCAUCACUGCAGCAAUCCUUAGCCGGAAGUAUCCUGAACACAAAGUGAAAUGGUCCAAUGAGGGUUAUUAAGUUGAAGGGUCCACUAAGUCUGACCAAGGGAUCAGUAGUAUAUGUUCUUGUGGCUGACAUAGCCUGUUGGCCUGGCAGAAUACCCAACUCCCUGUACGCAGCGCACAUACUCACACACAAACACACAUACUCACACACAAACACAUACAUUCAAGCAUACAUACGUACUGGCUCUCACCUGCCCCACUCCUCAAUCCUAGUUCAGCACCAUUUCCCACAAUCCUUCAGUAAAUUGAUUCUUUUUGUGAUUUCUCCAGUGUUUGAAUCCCAAGAAGUCUAGGCUAAUUUCAUACGAGGCUUAGGUAAUGUAUGUAUGUGAGGGAGAGAGUGAAAGAAAGAGAGAAAGAGUGCGUGUAUAAUGCCAAUAUUUGAACCUGACUUCUCUGGGUGAAUAGACAAUUCAGUUGUCAUGGUAAUGUGUUGGAGAUUCUACUGUAUUUAGCUGUCACAGUAAUGACAAGAAGGAGACUUCUCAGCUGCCAUAGUAACAACUUGAUGGAGACUAUCCUAUUCUCACACAUGUAGCAUUCAAAUUAUCACUCAAUAUAGACAGUUUUUUUUUUUAUUAUUAUUAUUGUUUUCCAGUUCUCUUCUACUGAGAAAAUUAAAUAUUUGAAAUUUCCCUGAAAUGUUUGCGUUUGCUGCCUUGACAUCAUAUUUCUGCUAUUUUGUUUUUGUGUCCUGAGUAUAGUAUUUAUUUCUGUAUAAACAGUGUGAACUCAAGAAAUAAUCUCACUUAUCCUUCCUUUCACUGUUGGUUUUAGAAGUCCCAAAACUAAUAUAUUGAACUUCUCCCUUUAACAUUUAUUUAUUUUACACCUCCAAAACUAAUGAUAUUUCUAACAUCAUUUCAAGAAGCAUUUUCUCUUUUUAUUGUCUGAAAGCUGUUUCUAACAUUUUUAUCUAUCAGUUCUAGCAACUUUCUCAAAAAAGCUAGCUAACAUUAAAACCCAUUUAUUCACUAAUAUUAAGUUUGUCUCUCUGAUAAAAAAAAAAAAAAUUAAAAUAAAGGAAUAUAAAAUUGGUUGUUGGAACCAUAAAACACUUUACUACAUUCUCAAAGAUGCUAACUUAUUACUUCUGCUGUCAUUUCACUAGAAACUGCUGCCUAACCAAUCAUACCACACACACACAUGCACUCUUUCUCUCUCUAACUUGAUAUAGUAUCAUCACUAUGAUAUUACCUUGACUUCUAUUACAAUAAAAAGAAACAAGAAACAUUUCAGACUACUGCAUCACAUGAGUGAAAACUAUUUUCUAUGUCUGUAUAAAUGUGUAUUUUUAGACAUCAGUGUGUGCAACCACUCCUAUUAAACUUUUUACUGGAAAA